AUGGCAGAAUUUACAGGUUACAAGGAAACCUCAAAUCGGCACUUACGAUUCAAACUGCAGAGUCUUAGUCGCCGCCUUGAUGAACUGGAGGAAGCAACCAAAAAUCUGCAGAAAGCAGAGGAUGAGCUGCUUGACCUCCAGGACAAAGUUAUCCAGGCAGAAGGCAGCAACUCCAGCAUGCUGGCUGACAUUGAAGUGCUGCGGAAGAGAGUGCUGAAGAUCGAAGGCAAGGAUGAAGAAAUUAGGAAGGCUGAAGAGCUUUGCCGGUUAAUGAAAGAAAAACUUGAAGAGGAAGAGAGCCUCACCCGAGAGCUGAAGUCAGAAAUCGAACACCUUCAGAGGAGAAUGGCAGAGCUGGAGAAACUGGAGGAGGCCUUCGGCAGGAGCAAGAACGACUGUACGCAGUUGUGUCUUAGCCUCAAUGAAGAAAAGAACUUAACCAAAAAGAUAUCUACAGAAUUAGAAAUACUUAGAGUGAAAGUGAAAGAACUGGAAGCAUCUGAGGACAGGCUGGAUAAAACUGAGCAGAGCUUAACAGGCGAGUUAGAAAAACUGAAAUCCUUAGCACUGAGCUUUAUCACUGAAAGAAAACAUUUUAAUGAAAGAGAAAAGCAGAAUGAAAAAAUAAUCCAGGAGCUAACACAGAAACUAGAACAAAACAAUAAACUAAAUAGGGCAGAUCAAACUAGAAAUGCAUCCAACUUGCUAGAAAGGUCAUCAAAUAAUCUCCUGGACAGAAAUGAUUUGAGAAUUGAAGAUGACUUGACUUCUGCAUUGCCCUCUAAGGAGACCAGGAGGAAGGGAAGCGUGGAUUACUUGAAACACGUAGAAAAUGAAACCAGGAAUAAAUCAGAAAACCAAAAGAAUAAAAAUCAGGAAGACAACAAAGUGAAAGAUCUCACCCAAGAAAUUGAGAAACUCAAAACUCAGAUCAAACGUUUUGAAUCUUUAGAAGAAGAACUUAAAAAAAUGAGAGCAAAACACAGUGACCUGCAAGACAGUUACUUAAGUGAACAGAAUAAAAACAAACUCUUAACAGGUCAGCUAGAAGAAAUAAAAAUGCAAAUUAAGAAACAGAAGGAUCUGGAGAAUGGAGACGUCGAAAAUGAAGAUACAAGCUUUUCUAGCAGAGGAAAACACGACAGGCCUAAAUACAGAGGUGUCACAGCUGAUUUCACAGCUGCUAAGCACAAGCCAAGGGAGCUCUCACCCCAGCAGCGCCGGGAAAGAGCAAGGAACAGAGAUUUCUCUGUCAGUAAUGACAGCUACAGCCACAGUGGUAAGCAGGUGCCCAGUCCAAGCUUAAUGAACAGAAAAGCAGGAAAAGCAUCUGGUGCAUCUGCCCUUUCAGACACUGCUGUGACAGAUACAAAAAGACUGGAAGAGAAAUCCACUUUUUCUUCUGGUCAGAAGGAAGGCUGCAUCAUGCAGAACGAGGGGAAGAGAUCAAAAGAGCAGCCAUCUGUCCUCAGCCGAUAUCCUCCUGCUGCACAGGAGCAGAAAUCUUGGAAAUCACCAUCCAAACCUGUUGCUGAUGCAGGGCUGAGAUCCAAGGUUGAAAAGCCAUCUCAGGUGCUCCGUGGCAACAGUCAAACCAGCGCUGUUGCACGGGAUGAAAAGUCAAGCAAAGGAGAAUCAGUGGCUUCUUUGGCUGAGAAACUGAAAAUAAGUCAGGCAGAAGUCAGUGACUGCUCCGGGAACACGCUACUCACCAGGGGUAGUCACACCUCUUCCAACGGUACUGCUUCAGCGUACAGGUACCACCUCUCCUCUCAUGUGUCGGCCUCAGACUCCACUGGCUCUAAAGCAGACGCAGUGAACACUUUUACUGCAUCACACAAACAGCCCUUGGAGGGGAGGGCUAAAAGAGCAAUAAUCUCUCAGGAAAAAGAAUUCGCAAACACAUAUCCUGAAAGCACGAAGCCUUCAACGCUAACAAAGCACUCCCAUCACUCCAGGAGUCAGGAAGACAUUCUGCAGAUUCUCACAGGUCUUGAUAAAGAAGACAAGGAGCAGUAUUCAGCUUCAGCAAUGGAUCACGUAAACGCUGGUUUAAAAACGGACUCCAAAACCAUCCAGAGCAACCAGGAAAAACUUAACUCAGAUGAAGAAUGGGGAAGAAGCAAAAAAGCAACCAUUCAGUCAGAUUUUGAGACAAGAAAGAAAGUUGGUUCCAAGCAGUUCUCCAAUUCCAGGGGAGUUUUUAGAGCAUCACUUUUUGAAAAUGACAAAAACACUGUAAAUGAUGAAGACUCCACAAAGUGUAUAAAGCCAUCAGAUGCCAGCACUGGAGAAUUUAAAUCCAGAAGGUCGUUCAGCCCAAGAGAAGCUUUGAGAUCAAAAGCUGUCAUUAAACCUGCAAUUGUUGAAAAGGAUAUGAAGGCAAUCAUGGGAGGGACUGUUUCAGAGGCAGAGUCAGAAAAACAGAAGUCUGUUUUUAAAACGGUAACAAAUAAAAUGACAAGCAGCAUCACAAUCUUCCCUUCUGAGUCAGCAGCUCUAAGGACCAGUGCAGAUACAGCAGCAAAGGAAAGGCAUGUUGCCACCAGCAACAUCAGAGUUGCUCCAAAUGAGCCUUCACCAGUUGCAAACCAUCUCCCCACGCCCUUUGAGAUAUCAGUUAAUAAAAGUGCUCUGAAAUUACCUGAGGCGGACAAAAUUGGAGAGGCAGCACCAAGAAGUAAAGCAGAAACAGUGGUCUCCAGAAGCAGCAUUAUGAUAAAGACUUCUGAACUCACAGAAAGGAACAGUGAGCCGCCUUCAGAGACAAUCAGCUGGAAGAGCCAUGGCUUUUCAGAUGCAGCUUCACCUGAAACAAAACACGUCACUGUGAGAAGUUCCUGGAGAACAAGACAAGGCUUACAUUCCCUGGAGGACUCUCUAACCAAAGUGGGGAAAAGUGCAGCUUCCAGUACUACAAACCUGUGUCAGUCCUCAGUGGACCUCUCAGAAGUGGAAGGGAACAGUACAAGAACAAACUUCCUGGAGCAGACCUCAGCAAGGCCCAGUGCCACGGCUAAUUCCCGGAGUGCCCCUGAACUGGGGUCCCGAAGGACCAAAAGUAACUUAAGUGCAUCUGAACUGCUAACAUGCAGGAGCUAUGCAAGUGAUCCUACAGCGGCUUCUGCUUGGCAUCGGACCACGCUACCUGAUGAAAGCAAAGAUUUUGUGCCCAGUUCCAGAAGAAAACAACAUGGCUCUUCUGAGUACCUCUUACAGGUUGACACACCAGGGAAAAGGCCAGCCACUAAGAUGGAGCUGCAGGACCCCAAAUCCAACCCACAUGCUCCACCGGGUCUCCAAGCAGAGGAGCAGGGUGCCUCCCGUGCCUGCCGGACAACAUCUCGGAGAUGA